UUACGACCUUAGCAACUUAACGCAAAGUUAUCUGCGCCUCGGAAACCUGCUAUAUUACAGGCGGAGAAGCCAGCUUACGGGAAGCUGUUCAAGCAAUUGGCUAUCGAUUACUUCCUUAACCGGAGUUUUGCCGAGAGCUGGGAAUAAGGGAAUAUGAUUGCUCGGUAAUGUUAAUACUAUCACACCGCUAAGUCGAGCUGUCUCUUUUCCCCUACCAAAAUUGAGCGCACGUAGCAUGGCUUCCGACGGUCGCAAACAGCCGCCAUGGAUCCCCCUCAAGCCCGACCUGACGCCCAGCUGCCCCCACUGAAGAUCUACAACAGCCUGACGAGGAGCAAGGAUGACUUUGUCCCAGUCGAUCCGACAGGGAAGAUGGCCGAUGUAAAGGACGAGUCUGAAUUUCCCGGGCUUGCUCCUGCAAAGCAUUCGCGAUCUGAGUCGAGCUCCUCGGAGAAGGCCAUCAACGAACCGCGCAAGGCGCCGGAAGCCCCCCAGGACGAAGGAGGGCAAGAAGUUCCAGAAGCUGGACUGGAAUGCGUAGGCGUAUCGGUGUAUGGCGGUGCUAAAUCCGGCAUGAGGUUCCAUAAUAUCCGAUCCAUGGGCAUGCUCCGCUAG